UCCUAGCAACCCUAACAAAACGCUUCCUCGGCGUUAUUGUAAUGGGAGAUCUUCUCACCAGUCUCCCAAUUAAGCACUACUCUGUCCGCGUUGGGUUUUUUUUUUUUUGCUGGUUUUUUAAUCGCUUUGCUCUUGAAUGCCUCGUGUACAAACCAUGAGAACUUUCCGUAGAAAGCAACCCACAGUGCUGACUGUAGGAUUCACCGUGAAAUCGACCAUGAAGAACUCCGUGGUUCUGGGUCCUCCUGCAGCUGGAGCUUUCAAAGAGCGUCCAGCCCGACCCACGUCUUUCCGGAAGUUCUACGAGCGUGGAGAUUUCCCCAUCGCGGUGGAGCACGAUCCCACAGGCAAUCGGAUCGCCUGGAAGGUGGAGAUCGAAAAGCUGGACUAUCACCAUUAUCUUCCACUGUUCUUUGACGGUCUGUGCGAGACAACUCACCCAUACGAGUUCUUCGCCAGGCAGGGUGUACAAGACUUGCUGGAACAUGGUGGUACCAAAAUCCUUCCAGUCAUCCCUCAGCUCAUUAUUCCCAUUAAGAAUGCUCUGAACACCAGGAACAGGCAUGUGAUCUGCUCCAUGCUGAAGGUUCUGCAGCACCUCGUCUUGUCGGGGGAGAUGAUUGGAGAAGCUCUGGUGCCAUACUACAGGCAGAUCUUGCCCAUCUUCAACAUGUUUAAGAACAUGAACAUGAACAGCGGAGAUGGCAUUGAUUACGGCCAGCAGAAGCGGGAGAACGUUGGCGAUCUCAUUCAAGAGACACUGGAGGUGUUCGAGCGUUAUGGGGGAGAGGACGCCUUCAUUAACAUCAAAUAUAUGGUGCCAACAUAUGAGUCCUGUCUCCACAACUAACACAGACACACACACAAACACUCAACUGCUAUACCCUGAGCCUUAUACUCAUACUAAUAAAUUAGUGGCCUGA